AUGUCGAUUUUGAGACGGAGAUUAAGAGUGCAAAAUUCUUCCCAAAUUGAGGCCGACAACGAUGAGAAAGAGAAGGAGAAGCGAAAGAGAAAGAAAGAGAUCAAGAAAUGGAGGUGCGUGGACAAUUGCUGUUGGUUUAUAGGUUUUAUAUGUUCGAUGUGGUGGUUUUUACUAUUUUUAUACAAUGCAAUGCCUGCUUCUUUUCCUCAAUAUGUGACGGAGGCGAUAACGGGACCGAUGCCGGACCCACCUGGCGUUAAAUUAAGGAAGGAAGGGUUGACUGUCAAACAUCCGGUGGUUUUUGUGCCUGGCAUUGUUACAGGUGGACUUGAGUUAUGGGAAGGACAUCAGUGUGCUGAUGGUUUGUUUAGAAAACGACUUUGGGGUGGUACAUUUGGUGAUCUCUACAAAAGACCACUAUGCUGGGUUGAGCAUAUGUCUCUGGACAAUGAAACAGGACUAGACCCUCCUGGCAUUAGGGUCAGGGCUGUAUCUGGACUUGUGGCAGCUGAUUAUUUUGCAGCAGGUUAUUUUGUCUGGGCAGUUUUAAUUGCUAAUUUGGCUCGCCUUGGGUAUGAGGAGAAAAACAUGUAUAUGGCUGCAUAUGACUGGAGACUAUCAUUUCAGAACACUGAGAUUAGGGACCAAAGUUUGAGCAGGAUAAAAAGUAAUAUAGAACUCAUGGUGGCUACCAAUGGCGGGAAUAAGGUGGUUGUUCUUCCACAUUCAAUGGGUGUUCCAUACUUUCUGCAUUUCAUGAAAUGGGUAGAGGCACCAGCUCCAAUGGGUGGUGGGGGUGGACCUGAUUGGUGUGCCAAGCACAUAAAAGCGGUGAUCAAUAUUGGUGGACCAUUUCUGGGUGUGCCAAAAGCAAUCUCAUCACUUUUCUCAAAUGAAGGAAGGGAUAUUGCUGCAGCCAGGGCUUUCGCGCCAGGAUUUUUGGAUAAGGAUGUUUUUGGUCUUCAAACUUUUCAGCAUGCAAUGCGAUUGACUCGGACAUGGGAUUCAACCAUGUCCAUGAUACCAAAAGGUGGGGAAACAAUCUGGGGUGGCCUUGAUUGGUCGCCUGAAGGAGUCUACAACUGUGGUUCAAACACACCAAAGAACAAUAAUACCCAGACUGCAGGUCAAACUGGGAAAGGAACUUCAAGUUUCACAGAAGGUGUGAACUAUGGGAGAAUUAUAUCGUUUGGGAAAGAUGUGGCUGAGCUUCAUUCUUCCAAAAUUGAUAGGAUAGAUUUCAGGGAUGCUGUUAAGGGUAAUAGAGUUGCAAACAAUUGUGACAUCUGGACGGAGUACCAAGAAAUGGGUAUUGGAGGUAUCAAAGCUGUUGCUGAUUAUAAAGUAUACACAGCUGGAUCAGUUAUAGAUCUGCUGCAUUUUGUAGCUCCUAAGCUUAUGGCACGUGGAGAUGCUCAUUUUUCACAUGGGAUUGCGGACAAUUUGGACGAUCCAAAAUAUGAGCACUACAAAUAUUGGUCAAACCCUUUGGAAACAAGAUUACCAGAUGCUCCUGAGAUGGAGUUAUAUUCUAUGUAUGGAAUUGGAAUACCGACUGAAAGAGCAUAUAUUUACAAGCUAACUCUAACCAGUGAAUGCGCUAUUCCCUUUCAGAUAGAUACCUCAGUGACAGGUGGAAGCGAGAACUCUUGUCUAAAAGAUGGAACUCUUAAUGUUAAUGGAGACGAGACAGUUCCUGUAUUAAGUGCUGGUUUUAUGUUUGCAAAGGGUUGGCGAGGGAAAACUAGAUUCAACCCUUCAGGCAUUCAUACUUAUAUAAGGGAAUAUAAUCACGCUCCACCUGCUAAUCUUCUGGAGGGUCGAGGCACCCAGAGUGGUGCUCAUGUUGAUAUCUUGGGGAAUUUUGCAUUAAUAGAGGACGUUUUAAGGAUAGCAGCUGGAGCUAGAGGAGAGGAUUUGGGAGGAGACCGAGUUUAUUCUGAUAUUUUCAAAUGGUCUGAGAAGAUCAACUUGCCGCUAUAG